UGAUAAAGGGUCAAUUUUGUGUCCAUCUUCUAAACCAAAAAACUUGCUCCUUUUUCUUCCAACUCAAAACUGUUGUUCAAGCACCAGAGAGCUCAAAUUCUCAUAGAUCAAUCCCUUGCCAGGUUUGAGACCAUAAGUUGUUCAACUUGAUUCAUCAAAGGUUUGUUGAUCCCUCAAAGUAGUUUAAACAUUCAUGCCUGUAAAAACUCGGGGGUUGGGCUGUUGUUUCAGAUUUCGAGCCAUGGAAUUCCCUGACGUAGAAUCAGAAAGCUCUUCCCAGAAAAAGAUGGGAAGAGUCAAAAUCGAGAUCAACCGGAUCGAGAACACCACUAAUCGGCAAGUUACCUUCCGUAAGCGACGCAAUGGACUGCUCAAAAAGGCCUAUGAAUUGUCUGUGCUUUGUGAUGCUGAGGUUGCUCUCGUAGUCUUCUCCGGCCGCGGCCGCCUCUGUGAAUAUGCUAACAGAUAUGCAGAUGAUGAUGAUAUGAAGUAAUGGGUGGAAAUAUAGUAGUCUUUUAAAGAGCAAUAAACUAGGGUUGUAAUGAUAUAAUGGGUGAAACUGAAAGCAGCCUCUCUUUCCUUGAUUCUUACUCUUUUUUUCUUUUUCUUUCUCUCCACAUGUCAUCU